GCACCUGUUUCACUUUCUCGACCAAAUGUCUGACACAGAAGAGAAGAAAAAAGGUGGUCGAAGAGGCACCAAAAAGCAGGACAAAAAAAAACCAGCUCUUUCCAAAAAGAAAGAAAAAGCGCUCCAGCGAGAGACUGAACGUCGCCAAGCUGUCAUGGCCGCAUUCAACAAAUACUAUGAAGAAGAAUGGGGCCCUGAACGCUGGCCUGUCUUGUUAGAAGCUCUGAAGAAACCCGUACGUCACUGCAUGAUGAUGAACAAGUAUGCCAAUGUCGACGAUGUCAAGCACAAACUCAAAGAUACAUUGCAUGAUCUGACACUUUUGGAUUUUGUCAGUAUCCCUUGUUAUGCAUCCAAAUCGCAAUCACGAUUCCCUCCACCUUCGAAGGACAACAACAAUAUUACCGACUAUUAUAUCCUAGAUGCAGCUUCUGUGUUGUCGACCGAAGUACUCGAUAUUCAGCCUGAAGAUCAUGUACUGGAUAUCUGUGCUGCUCCUGGUGGCAAGACCUUGUCUGUCUUGCAACGUCUUGAUCCUAAAUAUGGCCGUUUAACAUCCAACGAAAUUGCUUCGGAUCGUCGUCGUCGCCUAAGACAGGUGAUUGAGUCUUAUAUACCUCCUAACAUGAUAGAAAUGAGUACGGUGGUGGGUAAAGAUGGCACCCGUUAUUAUGGUGAGCCUGAACAAUAUGACAAAGUAUUGGUGGAUGCUCCUUGUUCCUCUGAACGCCAUUUGCUACAUGACGAAAAAGAAUUUGAAUUAUGGACACCUAAACGAACUCAGAUGAAUGCCAAACGUCAAUUAUCCAUCUUGAAGGCUGCUUUACAUUCAGUGCGUGUGGAUGGUCUUGUCUUAUACGGUACCUGCUCUAUUAGUUCACUUGAGAAUGAUAAAGUAGUGGAACGUAUGAUGAAAAAGGGCAAGAUUCCUAUUGAAGUAGUCAAAAUGAAAUUACCCAUUGGUGAAAGAACAAAGUAUGGUUAUUUCAUUGCUCCUGAUCGUACUACCUAUGGCCCUCUUUAUUUCUCUUUGAUCAGAAGAACAGGUGUAUCUAAAGAAGAAGGUGAAUUUUCUGAUAGCGAUAAUGACAUGUAAAUAAAAUGAUUACAUAACAUAAUGCGUAUAUAUAUAUAUGUGUGUGUGUUACAAGACAGAAAAUUCUGG